GCAUGCAUAAUCCAGUGGACAAGUGCUUUAAGUGGUUGAGUGCGAAGCACUGUGUGGUGCAAGUGUUCUGGGCUCUGGACUGGCUUCGAGAACUUGAUCAAUGCUUGGAAGUUGAGAGGUCAACGUAUAAGACAUGCAGAUUACUACUUCAGUUUUCUCCGGUAUCAUCUCUGCGUUCCAGUAACAGAUCAAUAGUAAAACAUUCUGGUCAAGGUGAAGCUGCAUCGGAGACUGUUGAAUUUUGCUUACGAGCUCUGGAAGAUUUUGACUUGACACUACACGAAUCAUCAAGCAAUGGGUCAGCAUCUAUUGAAGCCAUGAGGAGCAAAAUCAUUGACAUCAUUGAAGCUUUGGACAAUAUCUUGCAAAUUGUGCCAUUAAAGUUGAUGCCGAAAGGAAGGAUGCUCGGAGAUGCCAGCGACCAGAAAAGAGGAAAAACAAUACAUGAAACUUGUGAGAAACCGAGCCGUGAAGGAGUUGUGGUCUCGGGUCGUCGUUGGUUCCUGUCUCUCAUUUGCUGGUUACUCAUAUUGAUAGUGUUGUUAUGUAAUCUCCCAAGGGAAAUCGCUCGUUAUCUUAAUCCCAUCGUACUUAUAUGGGAUCAUUGUAGUUUGUAGAUGACGGUGCAUGAUCUGGUCAGUACCCUCAGUAGGGUUGCUAACGUGGCUGGAAGUCUGAGAUCAGGGUCACACAAGGGUUUUACCCAGGUU